CAAAUUUGAAGUACUAACACCAAGUCUCCAAAAUGUCAAAACCAGUUUUUAUUAAAAUUGUAAACAAAGAAAAAAUGUUUAAUAUAUAUUAUAUGUAAUUGAAAGGCACGAACUUGCCAUGCCGAGCUAAACAUCCAAUCCUCAAAGGUUCCACCGACCGAAAACAAAGAAUCAUUGAGCUUCUAUCCCAAACCAGAGUCGCCGAAUCCCAAAACGAGUUGAGAGCCGCCGUCAAAGUGCGGAAAAGUGUGGAAAACUGAACUGGCUUUUCUGCUGGCUGCGGCAGAGGAAACGUUAUUUCCAGGAAAUGCACUUAGCUCUUUCACUCCGUCUCGUUUGUGUCUUUUUCGUUACCUCUCGUGCUGAGUGAAAAUUUGAGGACCCAAUCGCUAGGAACUUUCUUUUGAUCAAGUGAGAAAUUGGUGUGCGAAAAACGCCAGUUGGAAAAGCUCACUCACUCGGAAAACAGCAUUUGCGAGGCGGGAUGUGAGAACGAAAGCGAAACAAUUCCGAUCCGAGCGAAGAUUCCAAGGCACAGAUGCCAGGGAGGCCAGAAAAGCCCAUGGAGCUAAUUAAGCCGCCUCGCAUGAGUGCUGUGUGGUUUUCCACGGGGCCAGAGGUUGAGGGUGGCUCUGCAUCAAGGGAAAGCACUAACUGCAACAUCAACAUCAACAGCAACAUUAGCAACAAGAGCAACAAAGAUGAGAAAUCGCUGGCUUCCUGGCUUCAUGAAGAAAUAAGUCUAGAUUGCCAGUUGGGGAAAAACUUGUUCAUCUUUGGCUCUAACGAGCUAACGGAGCGACAAGCGGACAAGCGGACAAGCAGCGGACCAACCGAACUGAUGGGCGGACAUUCCGGCGGACGGACGGACAACUGUGAGCGAUUCCACACAAAACAAGACGAUGGGUAAACAACCAGGCAGCAAAAACAAGAGCAGCGGCACAAGUAGCAAAUGGCAAGUGCAAGUGUAACAGCAACGGACUUUUGUACUUUCCUGAAGAUGGCCUCGUGAUCACGAGAUCUAAGCCAGAUCUGAAUGGAGCAAGCAAAACGAAAUUGAAGGAUCGAUUUUGGCAUCGAAAUAAUAUUAGAAAAAAAUGGAAGGGAAAUAAAGAAAUGUGAAAAAUAAAAC